AUGACUAUAAUAAGCGAUCUAAAAAUACCAGGAGGUGUAGUUGUUGGAGACCAAGUCCGUGAAAUUUUCAACUAUGCUCAAACCCACAACUUUGCAAUUCCAGCCAUUAACGUGACCUCGUCAAGUACGGUCGUGGCAUGCUUGGAUGCAGCACGAGAAGUUGGAUGUCCGAUAAUCAUUCAGGUUUCUCAUGGUGGUGCGGCUUCAUUCGUCGGAAAAGGUUUGGACAACACUUCUAACAACGCGUCAGCUCAAGGUAGCAUCGCUGCAGCAAAGUUCGUGCGUCAAAUGGCUAAAGUUUAUAAUGUUCCAGUUAUUAUGCAUUCAGAUCACUGUGCCAAAAAAAUAUUGGGCUGGCUCGACAAAAUGAUCGCUGCCGACGAAGAACACUUCAAGGAGUUCGGUGUUCCUCUUUUUUCGUCACAUAUGAUUGAUCUUUCUGAAGAAACUAAACAAGACAACAUUAAUCUUUCAUUUAAGUAUUUGCAAAAAACUGCUAAGAUUAACAGCUGGUUGGAAAUGGAAAUUGGUAUCACUGGCGGUGAAGAAGAUGGAGUGAACAACGAAAGCGUUGACAACGCGAGUCUUUACACACAGCCUGAAGAUAUUUACGAUAUCUACAAAAAAUUUUCGACUGUCACAGAUCUUUUCAGCAUAGCGGCUGGAUUCGGAAACGUCCAUGGAGUUUACAAGCCAGGUAACGUCAAACUCCACCCAGAGCUCCUUGGCAAGCACCAGGAUUAUGUGAAAAAGAUGAUUAAUUCGAAAAAAGAUAAACCCGUUUAUUUCGUUUUCCACGGAGGAAGCGGAUCAACACCCGAAGAAAUUAAAACGGCCGUAAAAUAUGGAGUCGUUAAAAUGAACAUAGAUACAGAUACCCAAUGGGCUUACUGCAGUGGGCUACGAGACUAUUUCCAGAAAAAUAGGGACUAUGUCCAAACCCAGGUUGGUAACCCUGAUGGUCCUGAGAAGCCCAACAAAAAGUACUACGAUCCUCGUGUUUUUAUUCGUCAAGCUGAGGUUUAUAUGACGAAGAGAAUCGUUGAAGCCUACAAAAACUUAAACGUUACUAAUUAA